AUGGUGAUGAAGUUGGGAGCACAAAGUCCAGUGGUGAUUUUCAGUAGAAGCACUUGUUGCAUUUCUCAUAGCAUCGAAACCCUAAUUCGCAAUUUUGGUGCAAACCCUAUUGUUUAUGAGCUUGAUAAACUUCAAAAUGGGAAGGAAUUGGAGAAAGCAUUGGUUGAAUUAGGUUGUCAACAAAGUGUGCCUAUUGUGUUCAUUGGGAAUGAGUUAGUUGGUGGUUCUAAUGAAAUUAUGAGUCUCAAUAUUAGAGGCAAACUCAAGCAAUUGCUCAUAAGGGCUAAUGCAAUUUGGGGGUACUGGAUAACUCUGUCCACCUGGAUUUUGGCAGAUAAAAAGAAAUCAUCUGGUGUUUACCUCCGCAAGAUUUAUAUGCUUGAAAUUUGA